GCGUCCCGUUCCCCCGUUGUGUUGGUGGUGGUGGGCUGAACCUUUUACGUACAUUCACCCCCCGUUCGUUCGUUCGUUCGUUCAAUCCGUCAGGUCAUCGAAAGAUGCGAUGCGUCGAUUAAAAACGCGCAGUGCCAGUGGUGUGAUGAUUUUAAUCGCAUGUAUUUUCGGCUAAAAAUGGGUCGACAAAACAUAAAGUCUUGAACGGAAUUUCCUUCCCCUCCGAACAUGCGCAUUUACGACAACUCUCCUCAACAAUGGCUGUGGAAAACCUCUCUUCAUGCAAUGGAAACGAGCAACAAGACGGAAAGCUUGCAGUUUCACAACGGGAGAGCUUUCACUCGAUAUGGUCGGGUUUUUACAAAAAGGCCCUCAAAGAGCGACAAAAUCAACUGAGACUUGUCUACACCCACCUAUUCCCUUCCCAACCUUCCCAGCUCGUCAGUCCCUUGUCCGCUGGUCCUCGCUCACCAAAUGGUGGACCUGCGGAACCCCCUUCCCCCGAACCGAUCGACGAUGCAUUUCCACUCAAUGGCCUUGACGAGCAGAUCGCUGACAACAUGGUCGAAAACUGUGUGGGAACACUCGGUCUGCCCGUCGGUAUUGGCCUCAACUUUACCAUCAACUCCAUCCCGACUGUAGUACCCAUGUGCAUUGAAGAGCCAUCCGUCGUCGCCGCUGCUUCAGGCGCUGCAAAAACAAUUUCCACCUUUGGUGGAGGUUUUACUGCGACAACCACUGAUAAAAAUAUUAUCUACGCUCAAAUCCAAGUGAUGGAUAUAGAAGACGAUAGAAUUGCUAUCGCAUUAGAACAGGUCAAAGCACGCCGAGAUGAAAUCAUUUCUUUGGGCAACCAGUUCUGCCAAAACAUGGUCGGUCGUGGAGGGGGUGUUAUGGAUGUGACAGUUCGGCAGGUAAUCCGACGGUCCGACACCAAGAGGCCAAAAGAAGUUCGAUUAGAGCGAUCAUACGGGAGCUGGAUAGUAGUCCAUCUCCACAUUGACGUCUGUGAUGCAAUGGGUGCCAAUUGUGCCAGUGCUGUGGCGGAAGGGACUGCUCCCCUCAUUGCGAGUUUGACGGGUGGACGGAUCGGGUUGCGGAUCGUCUCUAAUUUGAGUGUAGAAAGGAUGGCCAAGGCUUCCUUCCGGGUGCCAAUAGAUAAACUUGGUUACAAAGGGAUUUCUGGUCAGGAUCUUGCAUUUCGCGUCGUUGAAGCCAAUGAAUGGGCACGAUCGGACCCAUACCGCGCAACGACACACAACAAGGGCAUCAUGAACGGCAUAGAUGCAGUGGCUUUAGCCACUGGACAGGAUUGGCGAGCCAUUGAAGCGGCUGGUCAUGCCUGGAAUGGCGUACGCGCAGACAACUACCGUCCCUUUACGGAUUACUGGGUAGAGGAGGAGGACGAUGGACGUCGAUACCUGAGAGGCGAAUUGGAACUACCAAUGCCAGUAGCUACCAAAGGCGGAGUGUUGAAAACAAAUCCUGUGUACUCUUAUACCCUGGGCUUACUAAAUAAGCCCGAUUCGAAAAGCUUGGCAAAGGUGAUGGUCGCCGUUGGCUUGGCCCAAAACUUUGCUGCUCUUCGAGCUCUUUGUACUGAAGGUAUUCAACGCGGACAUAUGUCUCUGCACGCCCGGAACAUUGCCAUUGCUGCUGGUGCACCGCCUCAUGCAAUCGCUGAAUGUGUCACUUUUAUGGUUGAGACUGGACGGUUUACUCGAAGUGCUGUGAAGGAGUAUCUGACGGCACACGAGGUCCACCACAAAAUUCGCUUGAAUGGCUCAUUUGAAGAUAUCCACUCGGCCUGCUCGUCAUCUGAUCUCAAUGGGAUGACCAAUGGCCAUGCAAAUGGGAAUAGCCAGGAAGAUGAAGCGCCACCGAGUUUGUUUUACUUUGAAGAAUCUGAUUUGACUGCAUCUCGGACGGCUGGUGUUGAGGACCGUGUGACACUCAACGUUGCUUUCCAAACACUUGGUGCCAAACCCGUCCAUAUUGAGCUUGUACCAAAUGUUCCUCCUACAAAGGUGGUUCGGCAGCUGUUUGGAGAAAAGAGUCACGCCUGGCUUUCUGAGCUCUACGGCCUGCUGGAAUCGCUGAAGCUUAUCACAAUCAAGCCCGAGAGGGCCAACGUCAUUUUGGCGAAAAAAUUGAAACUGCUGUCAGUUUUGCUCAACAUCCUUAUUCGGCGAUUGGUAACAGCCCAUCCGUUGGAAACCGCGCGCUUCAUCAAGCGGAUCUCCAGCACCCGUUCUGCAUCCUCAGAGUCGGACUUGAAUGGAAGCAAUGGGGACUCGCCUACAACUGAGACACCACCAUCUCACAAGCUUGGUUCCGGAAUCUUUCGUCACCGCGUCAUCCUUGACGUUGACCUCAAGCACAUUUCCUCCACUGGCACUGACCACCUUCGGAUUGGCUUCCCGUUGAUUCUUGCUAUUUGGCAAGUUUUCGAGUUUCGUGUUCAACAAUGGGUAGGAGAGCCUCUUCUCGCACGAGCGCUCAUCGACGAGCAAUGGCGCGUUGUUCUUGCCUUGGUGGAUGCUCCUCUUCGCCACAUUGCCCCAACCGCAUCAUCACCAGAAUCCUUCAAAGCGGUGAUGACGACCCAUGCUAAACGGUUCCAAUCGACGAUAUUCGCCCUGUGUGAUGCCAUCUCUUUCCCAGAAGCCAUCGUCACUAGUAGUUUGGUUCGGGUUCUUCGAUGCAUUGGCAAACGCCUAGAGUGUGAACACGCGGUGGCACAUGAUCUCUCUUCCUCACGAUUAUUACGUGACUUGAAAGACAUGACCGAAAAAGGAUGGAGCGAUGACGGGGGACUAGGCAGUGGAGUAGUCAACUCCUUUCUGCUCUGGUUAAAGAUUGUUAAGGGAUGGAACGAGGAUAUGGUCCGUGAGAAAGCGUUCCGAGCCGCUGGCGGUGCACACGUUCAUCAGCUGUUUAGAGAGGAAAUGGCGGCGUUCCUCGGCGAUGUCAGCCGAAAGCAAGAUUUGGUUGAAUUGUUAGACUCGGUGGAUGAAUGGCACGUUUUGGACAGAUCAAGGCUGAAGGAUGCCAUGAUGUUAUUUAGAAUUCAUUAUCAAAUUGACGUAAUCUGACAUGUAAUACGUUAGCUGAGACUUUUUUUUAAAGACUUUAUAAUAUAUUGAAUUGCCUGAACCCACGAG